UCUCUCUCUCUCUCUCUCUCUCAGGCUGAGUUGGUGUGUUCUGCACAAUGACCAUGUAGAGUGAGUGAGUGAGUCAGAGAGAGCAGAGGAAACUGUAAAGCUUUCCAGACAGACACCACCCAACCCAAAUGAACCAGAGGCUGAAAUAAGACUCCUUUGAGACAAGGAUUUGGAGGAGCAUCAUCUACAAGGAGAGAGAGAGAGACAGUGAAAGCCUGAACCACACUGUUAGGACUUGGAACAGACCAGAGAGAGAGAGAGAGAGAGACACACACCCAUACAAAGGGGGGAUUUUCUUCUCUGCUCAAGACUGGAUUGUUAGCAGCUGGUGUGAGUGUGUGAGUGUGAGUAAGUGAGUGUGUGAGUGUGAGAGAGAGAGGGAGAGAGCUGAGACACAGAGAGGAAGAAAAAAGCCACAGAGAGAGAGGAGGGCAUCAGUGGACUGUUUCACAAGAGAUCUUGGAAGUUCCUUUGAUUGAAUAUGGCUCAUUCAACCCCACAGAACGGAGUGGAAGGACACAAGGACCCAUUGAUAGAGUUAUUUGUGAAGGCCGGGAGUGAUGGAGAAAGCAUUGGUAACUGCCCUUUCUCUCAGCGCCUCUUCAUGAUCCUGUGGCUGAAAGGAGUGGUGUUUAACGUCACGACAGUCGACCUGAAGAGGAAACCCGCUGACCUGCAGAAUCUCGCUCCGGGAACCCACCCGCCUUUCAUCACCUUCAACGGCGAGGUCAAGACCGACGUCAAUAAGAUUGAAGAGUUCCUCGAGGAUGUUCUGGCUCCCCCCAGGUACCUGAAGCUCGGAACAAAGCACCCAGAGUCGAACACAGCCGGCAAUGAUAUCUUCGCUAAAUUCUCAGCUUACAUCAAAAACUCCAAGCCGGACGGUAAUGAAGCUCUGGAGAAGGGCCUGCUGAAAGCUUUGCAGAAGUUGGACGAGUAUCUAAACUCUCCCCUUCCCGAUGAGAUCGACGCCGACAGCAUGGAGGACAUCAAGGUCUCCGACCGCAAGUUUCUAGACGGCAACGAAAUGACACUGGCUGACUGCAACCUGCUCCCAAAGCUUCACAUUGUUAAGGUGGUGGCCAAGAAAUACCGUAACUUUGAGAUCUGCAAGUCCAUGACAGGAAUCUGGCGAUACCUGCAGAACGCUUACACCAGGGAUGAAUUCACAAACACCUGCCCGGGCGACAAGGAGAUCGAGAUUGCUUACGGGGAUGUAGCGAAACGUCUCGUCAAGUGAUCUGAUGGUGUUAGCGGAUCCCAGGCCUGCAAGAGCAAUCACUAACUAACACACAAGCUUUUGUUUUUGUUAACAGACCACGCUUUACUUUUUUAUCGCAUGGUUUUUUUUUGCAAGUCGUCGGAUAUUUUAUAUUUUGGAUUAUAACUUCAGGGAUCACAAGUCCUUGCCUUUUUUAUAUAUAUUAUAUAUAUAUUUGUAGAGGGAGAGGGGAGUGGUUUUCAAGGUUUCUCUUUGACGCUCGAUCGCUCGCUCGCUCACUCACUCACUCACUCAUUCGCUAUUUGUCCUUCCUGAGACCAGUUGGGCAAUUGUUUUCUCACCUUUUGCAUCCGCAAAGCGCUCUGUAAAUUACACCGAAAACGGCCCAAUUCCGAUUGAAACUCUCACGCAGAUACGGAUAACACUGACCCAGCUUUACACACCCACCCCCGACUGCUCAGAAUCCCGUUGAAACGAAACGGUUUAAGAUCGCACCUAAGUGAGUUAACCUUGAAAGCUCUAGUUUGUAGGUAGUACGAGACGAUAAUUCUAAGUUACAGUAUUUCAACUUUUUUUUAAUCACAUUACCUAUAGUGACAACGACCCUCAAACCUGUGGUUGAUUAAUCGGGACUAAAAAAACACACACUUCACAUUGGCCACCAUUUUGUUUCAGACUGACACCGGUUUGGGUUUAUUUUUAUAUGUUUUUUUUCCCGAUUAUACAGCUUCUUUGAUAAGUUUUAAAUAAAAAAAAACAACACAGCCUGGGUUUGCCCAGAAUCUUAUAUUACCAGGGAGGCGGGGGUGGGGUGGGGGCUUAGUGGGAGGUGUGUGUGUAUGGGGUUGGGUGGGGGGGAGGUGAGGGAGUCAGAAACACAACUCGCGUGAGAAUGGAACAAAGAGAAAUGUAAGGCGUUGGGUUCCUGUGAGGAGACUUUUUGGUGUGUCCAACCUGUAGAUUGUUUUUGUACUGUUAGAAGCCGAAUAAUGUCUUGAGCUUGGUAUAGUUUACAGGUGCGGGAAGAGCUAUCUAUGGCCUGGCUUGCAUUUAGGUGCCCGAACGUAGUCUUUUGGUUA